GGCCCCCCCUCAAACCAACUCAGUGUUGCGCUUCACGGCAUCGACUAGUUCUACGGCCAUUUUAUAUCGACAGAUAUUUUGUUUGAGAAUCGAAGUUAAAGGAAUUUUGCUGUACAUUUAUUUCUGCCUGGGCUGGUUCAUCGUGGCAGCAGCAUAAGCAGCGAAGGCUUGAGAGUUUCUCAACACUCUCGAAGCCUUGGAUUAUUAGGGUAUAUUCAUGUUGGAACGAUAAUGUAAACGAUGAUCAGAGUCCGCAUUAUCUUCUUCAUGGAUUUUUGUGAUCAACAAGUCGCUUUACUUUAGACUUUAUAGUGGUCUGUUGUGUUUCGUGCCAGAGGUGUACUGUAGAUAUGAUGGCCGAACAACAAGUUGACGGACCUCCAAAUAAGAAGCAGAAAGUUGGUAGUACUAGUACCCCAACUGAUAAUGAAGACACGUUCUUGGAUGAACUACCGGAAGAAUUGUUUGAGACAAAUGGAGAGACCGAGGAAAAUAAUAGUAAAUCCGUUGAAUUGCAACAGUUACUGGAGAACGAAACGCCGAACAGUAAUUUCUCAAGUAACAAAAUACAUCAAACUGCAAAUCCCGUUGUAAUGACUGGCAAAGACUUAUCGAAUCCAAGUAGUCCUGCAUUGAAUAAUAACACAAACUCUGCAUCAUCUCCAAGUUUGAACAAUAAUGCAAUGGUUUCUCCAGCACAGAUUACAACUAGUUCAACAAUGGCAUCACCCAAGCCUUCUGCACCAAAUUUGAGUGCUGCUGCUAAUAUGAACUCGCAACAUCACCCUACAUCAGGUCCACUUAAUCCAACAGCACCUCAAACCUCCCAUGCAAUGACUACAAACACAGCACCAUUGACUAGCAUGCCUCAAAAUUUUCCUUUGGCAUAUCCUUCGUCACCACAAGGACUAGUAAAUCCAGCUAUGUUGCCACCACGGAUGAGAAAUGGACCAAUUCCCAACCAAAACACUAGUCCCAUGCAUAACUUUGGAAGACAAAUGACAUCAGAGCAAACUGGUCAUAUUGUUAGUUCACUUGCAAGUAACACUAUGGCAACUAUAAAAGCUGAACCAAAUUUUAUGAUGGGACAGCCUGGGAUGCCUGUGAACCAAGGUGGAAUGGCAGUGAAUCAAGGUGGAAUGACCUUAGGAGAAAUCAUGGCCCCAAUGUCAAACCCAAUGAACCCUGGUACAAUGCCACUGCAGCAGCCAAACCCAGGGAUCAUGAAUGUUCCAGGAGCAGAGUCAAUUGAGAACCAUUUAGGGAAUUAUUCAAACUUUGCUAAUUUAGGCUCAACAACAAACCUGCAUCAAUUAAGUAUGACAUCACAUCUAGAUAGCAUUGUUCCCAAGGCUGAGCCUGGUAUCACUACUGUUGCUGGAGGUGGGAAUGUGCCUUCUCAAACACCAACUGCUGAUCCUGAGAAAAGGCGACUUAUUCAGCAACAGCUGGUGCUGUUGCUUCAUGCACAUAAAUGCCAGAGACGCGAACAAAACAUGACCAACGGUGAAGUAAAGUCCUGUAACUUACCACACUGUCGAACAAUGAAAAAUGUUUUAGCUCACAUGACAGUGUGCACAUCAGGAAAGUCAUGUCAAGUUGCUCACUGUGCUUCAUCAAGACAAAUAAUUUCCCAUUGGAAGAAUUGUAAAAGAGAAGAUUGUCCUGUUUGUUUGCCUUUGAAACAUGCUAAUGAUAAACGUAGUCAAGGAGAAAAACCUCUUGAAUCAAACAGAGGACCUAAGAAAUGGCAUCAGCAAGUUACAGCAGAUUUAAGAAACCAUCUUGUACAGAAGCUUGUCACUGCUAUUUUCCCAACACCAGUAAAUGACCCUAAAGCUCUAAAAGACAGGAGAAUGACCAAUCUAGUUGCAUAUGCCAGAAAGGUUGAAGGUGAUAUGUAUGAAACAGCAAGUAGUAGGGAGGAGUAUUAUCAUUUACUGGCUGAAAAGAUUUAUAAAAUUCAGAAAGAACUUGAAGAAAAGCGAGAGAAGAGACGUAUGGGUGCUGUUGGUAAUAUAAAUCCUGGUGUUCCACAGCCUGCAUCGCAUGGUGCACCAUCACUUCCUGUCGCGCCAUUUACAGAGUUGAAUGGAGACAUAAGUAACAACACCGAUGUAGCCUUGGCCAAGGCACAAGCAGUUGAGGUUGCAGCGAAGAACCGUCAAACACCAAUCCCAAUGCCUCCUCAAACAUCACUACCAAACAACGUCUUGCGAAACCAAACAACAAUGCCCAUGUCGUCACAGCCACCAGCCAUUCCUCAGCGAAGUAUGAUGCCUCAGCAAAUGAUGCCUAAUCAAACACCACCAAUACAAACGCAUAAUAUUGGUAAAUCGCCCCAGAACGCAGGCAAUAUUUCACAAUCUCCUCACAUGUCACCUCAAGCGGCAACACCUCGUCAGUCGCCUGGGCCGGCAAUAGCAAAUAAACCAGCAGCUGCUGCUCAGUCGCAAAUGCAAAAUCCACAAACACCAUCCACAGCAACUCCAAAUGCACAACCAACCAGUUCACAGGCACCGGGAGCACAAACUCCCGGAGCACAAACGCCACCGAAGUCUGUGGAAUCUGUUGGUCAAACAACUGCCGCUGUUACGAAUUCUCCGAGUCGAAUGCAAGUUGACGACACGAAACCAAAUAUUGCUCCUUCAACACAGCCAAAUGAAGCCAUGAAGCCUCCUUCUUCUACUGCAAAUUCAUCUCAUUCCGCCGUCAGUACCAGCGUGAGACAUCCAUUUAAGAAACACUUCCUACCUGAAGAACUGAGAAGAAAUCUUAUGCCUACACUUGAAAAACUUUACCAGAUGCAUCCGGAAGGCUUACCAUUCAGGCAUCCUGUUGAUCCCAAAUCUCUAGGGUGUAUGGAUUACUUCGAUAUCAUAAAGAAGCCAAUGGAUUUGUCCACGAUUAAAAGGAAGUUGGAUACGGGACAAUACAAAGAUCCAUGGGAGUUCUGUGAUGAUGUCUGGUUAAUGUUUGAUAACGCCUGGCUCUACAAUCGUAAAACUUCUAAAGUUUAUAAAUAUUGUAGCAAGUUGGCUGAAUGUUUUGAACAGGAGAUAGAUGCUGUAAUGCGAAAACUAGGCUACUGUUGUGGCCGUAAAUAUGUGUUUCAUCCACAAGUUUUGUGUUGUUUUGGAAAGCAUUUGUGUACUAUAUCAAGAGAUGCUCCCUAUUAUACAUAUCAGAACAGAUAUCAUUAUUGUGAAAGAUGUUUUAAUGAACUUCCUGGUGAAAGUGUUCAGUUAGGGGAUGAUCCCAUGAAUCCAAGCAGUGGUUGUAUAAAGAAAGAAAGUUUUGAAAAGUUAACGAACAAUCAUCUGGAUCCAGAACCUUUUAUCGAGUGUGUGGAUUGCGGGAGGAAGAACCAUCAAAUUUGUGUUUUACAUCAUGAUUCAAUUUGGUCCAGUGGAUUUCAGUGCGAUUCGUGCCUAAAAAGGCGAGGUCUAGUGAAAAAGGAAAAUAAAUAUAACUCAAAACGCCUUCCCCAUACGAAGUUAGGAGAAGUUUUAGAAAACAGAGUGAAUGAAUUUUUAAAGAAGAACAAUGCAGGUGCCGGUGAUGUUACGAUACGUGUGGUGUCCAGUGUUGACAAGGUCGUGGAAAUUAAACCUGGAAUGAAAACAAGGUUUAAUAGUGCUUGUCAAGACGGAUUUCCAUAUCGCGCCAAGGCUCUUUUUGCAUUUGAAGAAAUUCAUGGUGUUGAUGUUUGUUUCUUUGGCAUGCAUGUUCAGGAGUACGGUUCAAACUGUUCUACACCCAACACUCGUCGAGUGUAUAUUUCAUACUUGGACAGUGUUCAUUUCUUCCAUCCAAGACAUUUUCGAACAGCGGUAUAUCACGAGAUUCUCAUUGGAUACUUGGAGUAUACGAGGAAGCUAGGAUACGUUUGGGCGCAUAUUUGGGCGUGUCCACCAUGUGAAGGUGACGACUAUAUAUUUCAUUGCCAUCCACCCGAGCAAAAGAUCCCACGUCAUAAACGUCUUGUUGAUUGGUACAAGAAGAUGUUAGAUAAAGCUGCUGCUGAAAGCAUUGUUGUGGAAUACAAGGAUAUUCUCACCCAGGCUUUAGACGAUAAUCUUGAGAAGGCAACUGAGUUGCCAUAUUUUGACGGUGAUUUUUGGCCAAAUACUCUAGAAGACAGUAUCAAGGAACUUGAUCAAGAGGAGGAAGAAAGGAAAGCUUCUGCUGCAGCUGAAGCUGCUGGGGAUAUGGCAAACAGCAAAGGUAAUAAGAACAAAGCAGGUAAAAGAAACAACAAUAAAAAAGGUAGUAAGAAAAACAAUCAACGAAAAAAUAUGAAGAAGACGAAUGGACUGGGCCUAAACGUUUGUGAUUUAUCUUUGAGACUUUACAACACCAUGGAGAAACACAAAGAGGUGUUCUUUGUUAUCCGAAUGUACGAAGAUGCGGACAUACAAGGCUUACCUGAAACCGUUGAUCCUGACCAGCCUAUGUCGUGUGACCUCAUGGAUGGCCGUGACGCUUUUCUGACGCUGGCACGUGACAAACACUGGGAGUUCUCGUCAUUGCGGCGAGCCAAGUAUUCCACAAUGUGUAUGAUGUUCGAUUUGCAUAACCAAGGACAAGAUCGCUUCGUUUACUCGUGUAAUCUUUGUAAGAGACAUGUCGAAACCAGGUACCAUUGCAGCGAAUGCGAGGAUUUCGACUUGUGUGUGCCAUGUUUCAACGAGAAGGGGCAUGAACACAAGAUGGAGAAACUUGGGUUUGACCUUGAUGUUGAUCAACAAACGCCGACGAAGAACCAAACAUCACAGCCAAAUAAUUCUCAAGAACAGCGGCGGUUGUCGAUUCAACGUUGCAUCGAUUCACUUGUCCACGCCACCCAUUGCAGAGCGCAGAAUUGCACCAUGGCUAGCUGUAUGAAAAUGAAACGGGUUGUGGAACAUACGAAGAGUUGCAAAAGGAAAGGUAACAAUGGUUGUCCGAUUUGCAAACAACUCAUCGCUCUUUGCUGUUAUCAUGCGAAACAUUGUCGAGAGCAGGAAUGUGUUGUACCAUAUUGUCGCCAUAUCAAGACCAAGUUCCGUCAGCAGCAAAUGCAGCAACAGUUUCACCAGGCGCAACUAAUGCGUCGGCGUAUGGCGGUUAUGCGAAGUAUGCAGCAAACACCUGCGCCACCACAACCCUCGACUAACCCAACUGGAAUGGUGGAACGUCUCAAUCCUACCGGUGGUCUCCCGCAGCAUUCGUCUUUACCAGCUCGUCCACCCAGCUAUGGUCAACCUCAAAUGACCCCAGUAACUGCUCCAGCACCCGCUGCUGCUGUUGCUGUUGCCCAAGCUAUUGUUGAAGAAGCAAGAUUGCCACCAACGCCAGCUAAUCGCCCGAGUAUGCCUACCGUACCUGUAAAUCCAUUUUCCAACGCCCCAACGAUGAAUGGUCCGAUGAGUGGUCCUAUGAGUGGUCCUAUGAGCGGUCCUUUGAGCGGUCCUUUGAAUGGUCCUAUUAAUGGCGGCAAUCCAUUGAGACCGAACUUGAAUAUGCCUGUGUCGGUUGGGCAAACGAAUGUGCCACAGCCUAUGCAAAAUGCCCAAGCUACAAUGCGAAAUUGGUAUAGCGGUAAUAACCAGGUUCAACAAUCUCUGACGUCCCAGCAACCACCAAUGUACGGUGCUGCAACAAAUCCCUUACCCAGCCAAGCCAGGCCUCAAUUACGACAAUCACGUCCUCAUCUCCAGGAGCAGAUGACUCGGAUAUUAAGCAUUUUGAAAAACAAUCAAGGGCAGCAAACUGCUGAGUGUCUUCAAAUGAUGCGAGCGAAUCCACAACUCAUGGCCAUGUUUCUACGGCUGCGUCAACAGCAGCAACAGCAACAGCAACAAGCCCAACAACAGCGGCAAGCUCAACAACAGCAGCAGCAACAACAGUUGCAACAAAUGAUGCAAAAUCAAGCAGUUCCGCAGCCAAUGAUGCAGCAACAGUGGCCUGGAAGAAUGAGACUAACCCCACAACAACAGCAGCAACAACAGCAACAACAACAACAGCAAGCACAGUUACAACAAGCGCAACAACUUGCACAACAAGUUCAACAACAAAAAACUCAACAAGCACAACAACAGUUACAUCAACAGACGUUACAACAAGCCGGGUCUAAUUUACCGGGAUUACAUCAAGGCGGUCAAGCAAUGGCUAGCCUUAACGGUAUGAACAAUGUACAUGGUAUUUCGAAUAUGAACACUAUGAACAACAUGUCACCUGUUCAAUCCAUGCAGGGCAUGCAACAGACUAUGCCAAAUAUGGCGAAUAUGCAAAAUGUUCAAAACAUGGUCGGAAGUACAAACGGGAUGCAAGGAAUGCAACAACAGCAACUGAUGCAACAGAACAUGCACGGUACAAUGCAGCAGCCUCAGUUUGCAUCGAACACUCAACGUCGCCUACCUAUGGCACAACAAGAAAUUCAAUUUAACAACAUGAUGCAACAGCACACGAUGUCAGGUGGACAAUUAUUGCAACCACAACAACCAGCACCUCAGCAGCAUUUUAGUAAUAAACAAACAUUACAACAACGGUUAAUGUCUCCGCAGAAUACCCCGCCGCAACAGGCGGGAACACUACUACCUAAUCAGUCACCACGAUCAGUAAUGUCACCAUCACCACAACCUCUUCAACAACCAUCAUCAUCGCCAAGACAACCAGCUAUGUCACCAUCACCUCGGCAGUCUGUCAUGUCACCACAUACUCAACCAACACUUACCUCACCGCAUACAAUCGCCUCACCACAUCCAUCGUCGGGUGCACUUGAUACAAAUGACUUAACGGAUUCCUCGCUCUUUGGAUCAAGCAGAAGAAUACAACCAUUGGCGCCUCUCGCAUCGCCUGAACUCGACCAGGAAGAUGGUGACGCGAUUGCGCCAUUGACUCCAUCCGACCAACUGUCGAGAUAUGUAGACAAUUUAUAGGUACUUUUUCGAAAAAAAUGUUUAUACUUUAGAAUAGCAUAUUGGCCAAAUGCGGCCUGUAUUUUAACAAUGUGUCGUCGCACAAGAAAGUACGACAAUGAAAUUUUCUAGACGAAAUGGAUUUCAAUAUUUGUAUACAGCCCGAAUAAAUAAUUAAUGAUAAGCGAUUGUAGUUUUAGAAGUAGAGAUCUCUCAUUCACACAAAGUAUUUGUACAAAGAUGUCUUAUUUGAAAGUAUAUUAUAUAUUUGUGAGUGUGCGCAUUUUCAAUUAGAAAAAGCUAUAAAUGUACAUGUAUCUCAACCAUGGAGAUUAAAUAAGCUUUUUUAA